AUGGAAAAAAAACAGAAACAUAUCAAAGACAAGAAGAAGAAGACCUCUACCAAUCAAAAGGCUGCUCGUCAGACUGCUCAAGCUCCAGGAAGAAGAAUAGCCCAUGCAAAGAGCAGAGUUGUUUCACGCAGACAGGCGUCUAGUACCGAAAUGGAGGGCAAUAGUGAACGAGAGAGAGGUGGAGAUGAUUCAGAGGUAUCAGACUCACCAGAUAGUAACGAGCAUCCAAGCUCUGCGCAGAAACCCAUCAGUAACACGGAAUCAGAUAGUGAUUUAUCACAAAUCAGUCUGCGAAUGUCACCGGCAUCACUGUAUAAGGCUGCCCGUAACGCUCAAAUUGCAGCUAAUGCUGCAAAGGAAGAAGCUAAAACUAUGCGUCGUAAAUACGACGAUGCUAUGAAUGAGGUACAUCAGGAUGAGUCUGUUGAAAGGGGAUCAAAGAAGGAAAAAAAAACCAAGAGCUCAAGAGAUGAUGACACGCACCACGAGCAAGUAAUCAAGGGACUGGGGCAUCAGUUUGAGAUAACUCAUGCUCUUUGGCUACAUGAGCCUACCAAGACUUUUCAAACAACCAUUGACGACGAGUAUGAUAAACUGGACCGUUUUGGCAGCACAGCUGCUAAAGUGCAAGGUCAGCUUCGUGAUAUUUUAGACAUUGUUCCUGCCACAUACCAUGGUGACCUUCCGAAUCACUGGUUAGGCCGUUCAAACAGCGGUCAAACACAGCUACUCGUCUUUGAUCUCGAGUUUAGCGAAGAUAUUGGGCGGGUAGAAAAUGCAAACGGUACCUCGACGUAUCAUCCAUGGAACGUCAGUGUCCUUCAUCGUGACUACAAGGGACGCUUCGACAUCCAAACAGUUUUUUUGAAUCCAAUUCUUCAGAAAACAAUGAGCUGUAUCAUACGAGGGCCUGCAUCUGUAAUUGCAAUGAACGAAGGCGAAUCUUCCCGUGCUGCAAGAAACAAUGAAACGAUGGAUCUAAAAUGGGGAUUAAACCAUACAACGCCUGGCAUGGUCGCAGCUUCUGCUGUCCUUGCUCGUUGGGCCUUAUCUCCAGACGAGUGCCUCAAGGAAAAGGGGAACGAAUCUGGCAUUCGUUGGCACGAUGAUUUUGACAACUACCUGGAGUACCUUUUAAGCGGCCUUCAAAAACAAAAAAAAAGUGUACUCAAUAUAUUCCGAGAGUGGGAUCAAGUCCUUUUCCCCAAUACAAGCCAUGGACUCGCAGGCCAACUGAGCAACACAGACAGGGAUCAAUUAAUGCAAAGUGUGAUGGCUGCAUUGAAUCAUGAUGAGGAUGGAUAUGAACAGCCCGAAGGCCAUAACAGCCAUUCUGAACGAGGCUCUGGGGGACUCAACGAGGGUGGGAACAGCGAAGAUGGAAGCGAUAACUUCGAGGAGUGA